AUCUUAUCGAUAAAAUGGCCACCUGGGGAUACGGGAAAGAUAAUGGUCCUGACACCUGGGGAAAAUGGUAUCCAGUCUGUGAUGAAGGGAAAAGGCAGAGUCCUAUAGAUCUUGUCCCGGAAACGUGUAGCGAGGAUCCAACCCUACCUGCUCUGGUAGCAAAGUUCAGCAGGCUACCUCAACUCUCAUUAGAAAAUACAGGGAUGAGCUGGAAGGUGAACUAUGUACCGGAUGAGAGUAGUUUGACCGGUGGACCUCUAGGGAAUGAGUACAAGCUUGUACAGAUGCAUGCACACUGGGGUAAAGUGGAGGGACGAGGGAGUGAGCAUACUAUUAAUGGCAAAAUGUUUGAUGGCGAACUCCAUCUUGUCCACUACAACACUGGAUACGGAUCCUUUGAAGAAGCUGCAGAUAAACCUGAUGGUCUUGCUGUCCUGGGGAUUUUCUUACAGGUUGGAGAAAACUCUCAUCCUGAGUUUGAGAAGAUAACAAGCAUGUUGGGAGAUAUUAAACUUAAAGGAGAUUUGGUAGAACUAGCGGAGGAGUUGGAUCCAGCUGGGCUUUUACCAGUGGAAAGUGAAUGUUACUACACCUACCCUGGCUCCUUGACAACACCUCCACUUCUUGAGUCUGUAACCUGGCUUGUAUACAGCACACCCAUCUGUAUUUCCAAGACUCAGAUGUUGAGCAUGCGUAGCCUGAAGAACGUAGAGAAUGAUGAUGGACAGGAGGAUGAGGAGGGGUGUACCUGUGUACAGGAUAACUACCGACCAGUUUGCUGCAGAGGAGAAAGAGUUGUCAGGAUGAUAAAACUAUAAUAAGAAGGAGAUGGGCGCGAAGCGCCUUCUAAGAUGUACUGCAUGAGAAGCCUGUACACCUGUAAACCUGGUGUACA